UAGAGCUGAAACGGAAAGGAAGUCCAAGAUAAUUCACGUGUCUGGAUAGAGAACGAAAUGUCCGCUUCCCUGCUAAGAAAGGGUCUGGAGCUGCUGGAAACGGCGGGAGUGUCCGACUCCGCCUCUCAAAGACCAGGGACCGCCGCCCGACCCAGUAAUGGGUUGAAAAAGAAGAAAAAGAAGAGUUCAAGGUCCAAAAGAGACAAAGCCACAAUCAAAGGAAGAAUUGUCAAAUCUGCAUUAGAGGAAUAUCAAAAACAUCAAGCAACUGACCACUUUAAGAAGAACAUGCAAUAUAUGUUGGGUACUCAUUUUGUGGCAGACAGUACAAUUACUGAAAAGAUUUUAACCCAAAAUAGAGGGAGAAAAGCUAAAGACCAGCCUGUAGAAAAAGUGAAGAAGAAGCCAGAAGGAACUGUCUUCACUGAAGAAGACUUCCAGAGAUUUGAGAGAGAGUAUUUUGGAAGAGCUGGAACAAUCUGACAAAAAAAACCUCAUUGCUAAAAAUAUCAGCAUCAGUGAGCAAAUGCGUGCCAGUCUUAUUAUGGUUGGGAAGUACGUCUAUUAUAAGGUUACAGUAUUUCUACAUAUGGUCUGCUCGAUUGUUGCACUUCAUAUGGAAUGACGGUUUGUGCCCAGAGUAGAGAAUCCAGAUCUUUGAUGCUGAGUUUGGAUAUAUGACUCUUUAAGAUUAUCUUUUGACUCUGCUAGAAAAAAAUAUCUAUCUUGAACCAGACAAAACAGUCUUUUGUCACAUUUGUUAGGAGUAAAUUAAGUUAACAAGUACUUUCUAUACAUAUGAAAGAGAGAAUUUGGAUUGCAUGUUGCAAUAUCAGAGCUGAAAGAAUAUGCCUUAUUGCACAAAGUUACACUUCUGGGUAGUAAUAUGAAACCUUGAUUUAAUUCAUAGCCAAAUAUUUUAGUUCAUUUAUAACAACAUAGAAACAGUUAUUUAUAGGCAUUUGAAGUGCUUCCGCGAGGAUAUCAGUUAUUUUUGCUAUACUUAAGAUGCAAGUAUAAGUCAUUUUUUGUGAUAUCUUUUAGGAAAAGGGUACCCCUGCAAUACUCUUUUCUUCUCAAAAGGUAGUAUGUAUAAUUUCCUACCAUAUUGUUAGUUACUUUACAAGUGUUUUUUGAGUUUAUUCAAUGUGUCAUUUGUCAUUUUUUUAAUAAAUGAAAUUUUUUUUUUAUAGAAAUAAGAUGGCCAAUUACACCAGACUGUUCAGGCAAAAAAUUGUUUCUGAAGUACCAGAAAUAAAUAGCCUAAGUAUAUUAUAUCAUUUUUAGAAGCAAGCAGAUAAAAGAAAAAUUAAAAGAUUUUUUUCAAGAACAAGAGUGGGUCAGAGGGAUAAUCAAAUGUUAAACAGUGGUUGGAAAAUUCAUAUUGAUGCAAUAUUUAUAGUAGUAAAAUUAUGCAUUAUUUCAUAACUGCAGUUACUACCUAAGAACAGUAAUUUGUGCAUUUUACUAAAAUCAUGCAAACACACUGAAACAUGAUUUUUUUCAUCCCUUACUCAUUACUUUAAUUGGGUUUGGGAUAAUCUAUUUAAUUUUUUAAAAACUU